AUGAUGGAUGUUGAAACUCAAUCGACAUCAUCACCAGCCUCACCAAUUCCUACUGUGCCUCAAUCAUCUAUUUUGGAUUCUAUUAAGUGUGAUGAACCAAUAUCACCAGAAACAGAAAUGGCCACUGCAUUGGAUGCAUCUGAAUCAUUAAGUACCUCUAGUUCAGCAUCUACAUUAUCUCAUUCCUCAACUGCAUCUAGCUCAUCUCCAAAUCUAGCACUCCUAACAUCAGCUAUUACAACGGCUGCAAAAAAUGAGUUUGAAGAAAAUGAAAAAGAAGAAAGACCAUCACUAAGUUAUAAAGAUUUAAUUAUUGAAGCCAUUGAAACACAUCCAGAAAAGAGGCUGAAAUUAAGUGAAAUUUACCAUGUUAUCCGACAACUUCAUCCAUAUUACCGUAAGAGAGCUGACCAAUGGGGAUGGCAGAAUUCAAUACGACAUAAUCUUAGUCUUCAUGAUUGUUUUGUUAAACUGCCAUUAAAACAAACUUCCAGUAGCGGUGUUGUAGGUCAUUUUUGGACGGUUGUCAGAGAUGUAGGAGACAAAAAUUCAUCUCGUCGAAGAGCCAGAAAUAAUGUUAACGGGGUUCCUAAUAGAAGUAAUGGUACACCUAGAAAUGGACGUAUGAAUAGAAUUAGAAAUGAUCUUCAUAAUAGUGGUAUAGCAACAGCCAGUUCAGGUACACCAUUAUUAGAUCCAAAAAUGUAUAUGGGAGAAGCUGCCUCCCUUCCAGCAUCACCUGCCAGUUUUAUAAACCAAAAAAUUGAUUUCAUGCAUAAGGAAAAUACAAAUAUGUUACAAAAGACAUUACCUUUUAGAUUAAAUUUGCUGGACGCAGCAAAACUCCAUCAACAAUCGGUAUCUGCUCCAAUUACACCAAGUGUUAAUUCAGGUUCUUUAGCAACAAUGAAUAAUAUAUCCGCACUUGCCUUAGCUGCAUCUCUAUCAAAUAAUACUAAUACAAAUCCAUUACUAGAAUUAAUUAGUCAAAAUAAUGAACAAAAGAAUAACAAUCAAAAUACACUUGCUAGUUAUCUUACACAACAGGGAUUAAUAAAUUCAUUAACACAGCCAACUUCGAGUAAUUUGUUAACAGACACAUUGACGAGUUUACUAUUAAAUAGUUUUGGAAAUAAUCAAAGUAAUCAGCAAACCUCGUCUGUUCAAAAUUCAUUAUUGAAUUUACCAAGUUUGAUGAAUUCUACAAAUAACAAUCAAAAUAAUACAAAUACAGCUUUAACACAGUCUUUAUUAAGUUUGUUACAACUAGGAAAUUCUAAUGCUCCCAAUUCAAAUACUAAUUCAUCUUCAAAUUCAUCUCAAGCUAGUCCACCAACACCUUCAAAUGCCCUUUCGAACUUAUCAUUUUUGGAUCAAUUAAGUCAACAAAUUCGAAAUAACUCUAAAGACAGCACAUUUUCUCAAGUAACAUCAUGA